UGCAGCGUAGCAAAACAUAUACAGACUGAUCUCUGUCUCUUUCUCUGACACAUUCACACCACCGUACCCGCCGAAAAUUCUCUCUGAAAAAUUUCCCCUAAUUCUUUAAAUCCAAAUCCAAAUUCAACAUCCAGAUCUCUCUUCCAAGAAAAAAGAAGCCAAAAGACCUAAACUCAGUAUCGAAAAUUUCUUGAAUGUGAGGCGGUUGAAACCGAUCGCAACCGAGUCAGCGUCCGAGUCAUGGCGGGGAAGACCGAGUCAGUGUCGAUCCGGUUUCCGUACAAGAACCUGAAGGACGAUGCGGCGGAAGUGGAAAUGGUUGGAGUCGUCGACGUCGACAUCGGCUCCCCCUCCCCAAACCACCGGAUCGAUCUCAAUUCUUCUUCUUCUCCUCCUCCUCCGUCUUCGUCUCCGCCUCUUCCCGGAGAGAAACAGAAUUGUAGUUUGGCGACUCUUGUUCUCAGUUGCACCAUCGCCGCCGGCGUCCAAUUCGGCUGGGCCUUGCAGCUCUCUCUUUUGACUCCCUACAUUCAGACACUUGGAAUAGAGCAUGCCUUUUCUUCAUUUAUUUGGCUCUGUGGCCCUAUUACUGGUCUUGUGGUUCAACCAUGUGUCGGUAUUUGGAGUGAUAAAUGCACUUCUAAAUAUGGAAGAAGACGGCCAUUCAUUUUUGUAGGAUCUAUCAUGAUCUCAGUAGCAGUGAUAUUAAUCGGGUUUUCUGCAGACAUUGGAUAUAUAUUAGGUGACACGAAGGAGCAUUGCAGUAUUUACAAAGGUACCCGGACUAGGGCAGCUAUUGUCUUUAUUAUUGGUUUCUGGAUGCUGGAUCUUGCCAACAAUACAGUGCAGGGACCAGCUCGUGCUCUUCUGGCCGAUCUAUCAGGGCCCGAUCAACGUAAUUCAGCAAAUGCUGUAUUUUGCUCAUGGAUGGCUGUUGGAAACAUUCUAGGAUACUCUGCCGGUGCUAGUGGAAGUUGGCACAGAUGGUUUCCAUUCCUGACAAGUAGUGCUUGCUGUGAUGCUUGUGGAAAUCUCAAAGCAGCGUUCCUUGUUGCGGUGAUUUUCCUGACUCUUUGCACACUUGUGACACUUUAUUUUGCAAAUGAGGUUCCACUUACUGUGAAUCAGCCCCAGCAUCUGUCGGAUUCUUCACCUUUAUUGGAUGAUCCUCAACAAAAUGGCCUUGAUCAUUCAAAGUCAAUGCCUGAUAUGCCAAUUAAUGAUAAUGCCAAUGGUGAAAGGGAUAGAAACCUAACACAGGUCACCUCUAUAGUUGAGGAUCAUCAAAAUGAAAGCGUUAAUGAUGGCCCGGGAUCUGUGUUAGUCAAUUUGUUGACUAGUUUAAGGCAUUUGCCGCCUUCGAUGCAUUCAGUGCUUAUUGUUAUGGCUCUAAGUUGGCUGUCCUGGUUCCCGUUCUUUCUUUUUGAUACUGAUUGGAUGGGGAGGGAAGUUUAUCAUGGAGAUCCAAAAGGAAACCUUUCUGAAGUACAAAAGUAUGAUCAAGGUGUCAGAGAAGGUGCAUUUGGUUUGCUAUUGAAUUCAGUUGUUCUUGGCAUUAGUUCUUUCCUUAUUGAGCCAAUGUGUCAGUGGCUUGGGGCAAGACUAGUAUGGGCAAUGAGCAAUUUUAUUGUGUUUGUCUGCAUGGCAGGCACUGCUAUCAUUAGUUUGGUAUCCGUCCAAGAAUAUUCUGAAGGGAUUCAACAUGUAAUUGGUGGGAGUGCAGCAAUCAGGAUAGCUUCCUUGAUUGUAUUUGCUCUUCUUGGCUUUCCCCUUGCUAUUACAUACAGUGUUCCAUUUUCUGUCACAGCAGAGUUGACUGCUGAUUCUGGUGGCGGCCAAGGGCUGGCUAUUGGAGUGCUAAAUCUUGCAAUUGUUGUUCCACAGAUGAUUGUAUCACUUGGUGCGGGGCCGUGGGAUGCUUUAUUUGGUGGAGGAAAUAUUCCUGCCUUUGUUUUGGCUUCCUUUGCUGCCUUGGCAGCUGCUGUUAUUGCAAUCCGCAGGCUGCCAGAUCUUUCCAGCAGAUCUUUCAGGUCAUCUGGUUUUCAUUUUGGUUAAUGACUGAGGCUGCCUCAUCAAGUUGACAACCAACCUGAAUAUUAUUAUCAGCAGCCCCAUGAACAUACUCAGUGACUUUCAGAGGGAUUGACUCUGCCAUUUUGCGUACGUAUCAUAUUCUUAUCAAAAGAAUUUACACAUUCCAUAUUCAAUUUCAUUCAUUUUUUUCCCCAUUGUGGGUAUCUGUACCCUAUUUAGAGUGUAAUACAUCACUAUUUUUAAAGAAUAACGUGUAUAUAGUGAAAAGUUUAGUCAUAUUCUCAUUAAUAGAAAGAUGAAAAAGAAAAAAAAUUUCCUUA